AUAGUAGUGAUGAAUUGGGAAGUGUUAGUAGUAAAAGAGCUGCUGAUAAAGACACUCAGGGUGUUGAUACUAGUAAUAUUGAUAAUUUAAAUGAAAGGAUUAAAACUAUGGAAUAUAAGAUUGAAAAGAUUUUAGAGUUGUUGAUAAAAGAAUAA